UAAGCAAUCCUUGAAUCUCUAACAUCAUACAACUUUCAUAUACUUCUCCGGCCCCAAUUUAUCUGCUUUGCUUACUACUCUAGUAAUUGGUUUCAUUAAAUUCUAGUCUAUAUUUCAAUAGUUUGGGAAGCAUGGCUGAAUCUUUGCCUCCUACCAAGCCAGUUCAACAACUAGCUGCAGAAGCCUGCAAGCAAGUCCCAGAAAACUAUAUUCACACCAAAGAUGCUCAUAUUCAACCCUCUUGCCCUCCACUGGAUCUUGCUUCUAUUGAUCUUAGCCUUCUCUCAUCUUCGACGUCCUCGCCGGCCAUGGAAAAGGAGCUCACCAAACUCAGAUCAACUCUCAGUUCUUGCGGCUGCUUUCAGGCGAUAAACCAUGGGAUUUCAGAUGAUUUCCUUGACAAAGUUGGCGAAAUUGGCAAAAGCUUCUUUGCUCUUCCAAUGGAGGAGAAGCAGAAGUAUGGGAGAACUGUUGAUGAUACUGAGGGGUAUGGGAAUGAUUCAAUUCUUUCAGAACAUCAAAUUCUUGAUUGGACUGAUAGAUUGUAUCUUACUGUGAGCCCUCAAGAGCAAAUAAAGUACAAUCUCUGGCCUGCAAAUCCUGAAAAUUUUAGGGAAGUUCUGGAAGAAUAUGUUAAGAAGCUGACUGCCUUGAAUGAACUCCUACUUAAGGCCAUGGCAUUGUCACUGAACCUGGAGGAGAACAGCUUUGUAAACCAGUUUGGAGAUCGAGAUCGAGCAUCCAAGGUAGCAAGGUUCAACUUCUAUCCCCCAUGCCCGAGCCCUGAUCUUGUUCUCGGUGUGAAGCCACACGCGGAUGGCACGGUCUUCACUUUCCUGUUGCAGGACAAAGAUGUCGAAGGGCUUCAGGUCCUGAAAGACGGUCAGUGGUUCCGAGUCCCCAUAGUUCCAUAUGCCAUUGUUGUCAAUGUUGGAGAUCAAGCCGAGAUAAUGACUAAUGGGGUGUUCAAGAGUCCUGUGCAUAGGGUGGUGACAAACACGGAGAGGGAAAGGAACAGUUUGGCUGUGUUUUUUAUGCCAGAUUCAAAUAGUGAGAUUGGACCAGUGGAGAAGCUGAUCACUGAAGAAAGGCCAAGAUUAUACAGGAAUAUCAGGAAUUUUGUUGGGCUGUUUUUUCAGAAUUACCAGCAGGGAAAGAGACCAUUAGAUGUUGUAAGGAUUUGAUUUCUUGUUUCAAUUUUGAACUGCCAAUCAUCAUUUUCCUUGUUCCGGUUGUUAGCCCAAACCAUCUU